AUGUCUUCGACGCCAACCCCACUCUUCGUCGCUAUUCAAGGGCCUCAAGGGUCUGGCAAAUCGUACCUAACUGGCCUUAUUCAAUCUCACUUAUCAAGCCCUCCCCACUGUCUGCGUGUUGCCACCCUAUCCAUCGACGACUUGUAUCUACCUCACACGCAGCUUAAGUCACUCGCAGAAAGCUACCCGGAGAAUCCGCUGUGGAAAGGUCGUGGUCAACCAGGGACGCAUGAUAUCGUAUUGGGACUACAAAUACUGAGUUGCCUAAAGCAGGGCCGAAUGGGAAGGCAAAGGAUCGAGCUUCCUAGGUUUGAUAAAAGUCUCUAUGAUGGUGAAGGUGAUCGCCUUCCUAUGGAUGGAACAGGUUCGCUAGUACAACCUCCAAUCGACCUGGUGAUCAUGGAAGGUUGGUGCAUGGGGUUUUACCCGAUUCCAGACCGCGAGAUAGAUGAACGAUGGGAUAGGCUGUGGCAGGUGGAGAAGGGUUUACUGGGAAUGGACGACUCUAUUGUUGGAACCAAGGAGAACAUUAAACAGAUCAACGAAGUUCUGCACCGAUAUGUCGACGUCUGGUCCUUCUUUGACAUCUUCAUCCAACUCAAACCAGCUCUUUUGACCAAUAAUGUCUCUCAGUAUUCUAUCGUGUAUAAUUGGCGGCUGGAACAGGAGCAUUCUAUGAAAAGUCUCAAUGGUGGGAAGGGAAUGUCUGACGCCGCAGUCAAGCUCUUUGUAGACCGUUACAUUCCCGGUUAUGUAUUCUUCGGAGAUGGCAUGAUAAACGGAGAAUGCAGUGUAAAUACGUCCACUCAAUCGGAGGGCGACAUACGGAAUGCGACUGUGCCGCAGUCAUCUCGGCCCCCAUGGGUGGGGAAAAGUCUCCUUGUUGUCCUCGAUACCCAUAGGGACGUUAUAGGACUAGAGGAGUUUUAG